UAUAGACAUUUGUGCCCGGUGGUCAUUCUCAAGUUUUUUUGAUGGAACUAUACUUCUAGUAUGUAAAUAAAAUUGCUCAUGUGGUAACAGUUUAUAACACAUAAUGCUAAAUAAAAAUUAUGUGGUAAAACAAUAUUAAUCUAGUAUUAAUAUCAUACUUAUUUCAAUAUAUAAAUUCUACGUUAAAACACUAGAAAAUAUAUAAUUAUUGUAAAAGAAUGAAAGUAACAACGUUAAAAGGAAUCUUUCCGGAUCCCAAACCACUCAGGAGGAAGAAUUUCAUUCAUGAAAAUGUGAAAAGCCUUCGGCGAAUGGAACAAUGUUUUCAAGCUAACAAAGAAGUGGAAGAGUUGCAGAAGCUACAGUUGCAUAAAUAUCAUAAAACUAUGGACAAAUACCAGAAUAUAUCUGCAAGAGUAGUCACUAAUUUUCAAAAAAAGAAGAAACACCAAGGGGAUAACACUAGUAUAGUAUUGAAGAAUAAUAUCAAUGUGACAUUAACUGACAGAAUUGAGGAUAAAAAACAACAGUCUCAGGAUGAAAGUAAUAUACUUAAAUCAAAUGCAAAACAUAUUGCUAUUCCUAAGAAGAUUUUCAGAGCAGAAAUCAAUAGUAACUUAUCUAGUAAACAACAAAAACAAGGAGGAACAAGUAAAUACAAUGAAAAGUACAGUCAGCAGAAGAUGCAGUCAAAAGUUUCAUCUGAACCAAAUAUUGUGCAUAAGUUUGACAAUACAAUAAAUAAGACAGAUAUACAGAAUGCUAUUAAAUAUAAAAAUCAGGGAAUGCAAACUUUAAAUAUAGAUCAAAUGGAAAACAUAUAUUCUGAAGGUAUCAUUCGUAGGUAUCCCUCGGAGAAAAUUACAAAGCACAAUGAUGCAGUUAGCGAUACUAACUUGAAUGAACAAGAGGAAAAAACUAUAAAAUUACAAAUCAAUUCUCCCAAAAGUAGAGACAAUAUGCAUUCUCCCGAAGAUUUAAGAAAGCUUGAUUUACGAAGUACUGUGUCGCAAACCCAUAGAGAAGUCGACCAGUUAAAUAAAGAAUAUACUUCCGUGGUUGAUAAGCCAGCGAUACAACUUAACCAUUGUGCACCACCUGCACAUUACCGAAAAGGAGUUGUUCCUAAAUAUCUUCGAGAGAGAAAGGAAGUUCAGCAAAAAGAAUUAAAAGCUAAGAAAGAAGCAUCAUAUUCUGACUGUCCAGAGAAUCAUGUGCCUUUACCAGAUCAUGAGCGCAAGGAGACAUUGCAGUUACUAAAGAAAAAUUAUCAAGAAUACAUUAAUGAAUUGAAUAUGAUGCCUAUAAAAACGGAUACACUCAGGGCACAGAGGCGCAAGAUGGAAAUAGAAAAGCAGCUAAAUAAAUUAGAAGAAGGAAUUAAAGUGUUUUCACGACCUAAAGUUUUCGUGAAAAUGAAUGCAUAGAUUAUAAUGUUGCUUCCAUGAUUAUAAUGCAGCACAUAUACAAGAAUUAUUGUGUUAUCUGUCCGUAUUAUGAAAUAUCAUGUACCAUUUCAAAGGUCCAAUGAAUAUAAUUAUAUUAUUUUAUUAUAA